AGCGAACGCAACCGUGCCUGAGUCGCGAGGGAGCGAGCGGAGAGCGAAAGGAAAGGGCGAGCGAGCGCGCGCGCGCGCGAGAACGAGCGAGCGAACGAACGAGAGAAGCGAGUUCCUAGGGUUUGUGAUUUGAGAGAGAAAUCGAACGAACCAGAGCCUAGAGGUCGGUGGUGAGCAUAAACCCCGAACGUAACUGAUCGAUUUCUCUUCCUCCUCCUUUCUUUGCGAAGGCGAAAAUGGUGAGUUUGAUUUGGAAUUCGAUGAUGACGCAUGUGUGUGAGCAAGAGGUGGGUCUCUCUGUGUGCAGGCGCGGUCGAGUGUGAGAGGAGGAGGAGGAGUUGUAGGGAGUGUGUGGUGAGGCCCCGCGCGCGCGAGCGAGAGAGAAGAGUGUUUCAGGGGUUUCGUUGCCCUCUUCCCCCGCCGCCGGCGCUCCUUCUUUUUCCCCUCCGGUGCUCCUCCUCAUGGAUCGCAAGCUCGUGGUUCUGGGUAUCCCGUGGGAGGUCGAUUCCGAUGGCUUGCGGGAGUACAUGAGCAGGUUCGGCGAACUGGAGGAUUGUAUCGUCAUGAAGGAGCGCGCAACUGGUCGAUCUCGCGGUUUUGGAUACGUGACUUUUGCAUUGGCAGAAGAUGCUAAGAGUGCAUUAUCCAGCGAGCAUAUUCUUGGCAAUAGAACAUUGGAAGUGAAAGUGGCUACGCCAAAGGAGGAGAUGAGAGCCCCUCCAAAGAAAGUUACUAGAAUAUUUGUUGCUAGGAUCCCACCGUCUGUCACUGAGUCAACCUUCCGGAGUCACUUUGAGAAAUAUGGCGAGAUAUCGGACUUAUAUAUGCCAAAGGACUAUGCUUCAAAAACACACCGUGGAAUUGGUUUUAUUACUUAUGAAAGUGCAGACUCAGUGGACACUUUAAUGGUUGAAUCUCAUGAGCUUGGAGGGUCCACAGUUGUUGUUGAUCGUGCAACCCCAAAGGAAGAGGAGUUUCGACCGGUAGGCAGAAUGGCACAGGCACCGAUGGGCAGAAUGGCACAGGGUGGAUAUGGUGCAUAUAAUGCUUAUAUAUCAGCUGCCACUAGAUAUGCGGCUGCUGGUGCUCCAACCUUAUAUGAUCAUCCAGGCUCAAGUUAUGAAAGAGGCGAAUAUGCUCGAGGAAUGGGGAAAAAAAUAUUUGUCGGCAGGCUUCCUCAGGAGGCGAGUGCAGAAGAUCUUCGGCGGUAUUUUGGUAGAUUUGGGGCAAUACUGGAUGUCUAUGUUCCCAAGGACCCUAGGAGAUCAGGACAUAGAGGUUUUGGCUUUGUAACUUUUGCGGAAGAUGGAGUAGCUGAUCGUGUUUCUCGCAGAACACAUGAGAUUUGUGGACAUCAGGUAGCAAUAGAUUCAGCAACCCCGUAUGAUCCUGCUGCUGGAGGAAGUUUAAUGAUGGGUGCUGCCGAACCCUUUGGAGGCUAUGGUGGUCCAAUACGUUCCUACGGCAGGAUGUAUGGAAGCCUGGAUUUUGAUGAUAUGCAAUGGGGUUAUGCAUAUGGUGGUGUGAGACCAUCAAGAACUGAUAGCAGGUAUAGGCCAUACUAGGGACGUGGUGAGUUUCACAUUUCCUGAUUAACAAUGUCGACGAUGCUGACCAUAUGAAGUCGUGAUGCUCCGUUGAGGCAUGGGUUAAUGGACAGUUCAAGAUGAUGCCUAGGCACAUUGGUGGGCAGUAUUAACGAUCUUUUCCUCCUUAUUGGAAUAUUAUUUUGUUCUUUAAUGUGUAUUAGAAAUAGGAAAUUGUCCAGGUUACUAUGGAGCCUUCAUGGUUAUGUUGAUCAAAAUCUAUAUAUGGUCCCCAGUUUCUUUUAGAUUAACUUUGGACUGGCUUCUGAUGUGGGAAGACCAUGUUAGGUCCGAAACAGGGGUAGAAGUGGAACUUGGUGGGCCUCUUUCUUAGAUUCCAUCAUCUUGCUCAAGCAAAAAGCUCUCAUUACUGCAUCA